AUCUUCAUAUGCUUCAUACAUUCCCAACUUUAGAGAUUUCUCAAUCUAAGCAGUGCCAGAAGACACAAAGUAUCCUUUGAGUUACAACCUUCAAAGAAUAAGCAUUGUGCAGCCCCUUUCAAGCAAUUAUCCAAAUGAAUUUUACCAAUACCAAAAUUAGUCAUGUAAAAUUUUCCACUGAAAUUGACAUGAAUGUACAUUAUUCUUAAGUUCUACUUCAAAAGAGUUCAUCCAAACACUUCAACAACAAUAACAACAAAAAUAAAAAACAUGAAUUCAUUACCUUCUGAUGCUUUCAACAUGAGAGUCACAGAGGAAGAUACUAAUCAAACAGAGAGGUCUCAAUGGAUUCUGAAUUCUCCAAAUCCACCACCUCUAUGGAAAAAGCUAAUUAGUCCACUAAAAAAUAAGAAGCACUUUUUUUCAUCCAAAAACAGAACUUGCAAUGAACAUGCUUUUUCUUUCAUUGGAAAUUUAUUUCCAAUACUUAGCUUGUUCAAAAAUUAUGAUGCUUUCAAGUUUAAAGAUGAUUUUCUAGCAGGUUUAACUCUUGCUAGCCUUAGCAUACCACAGAGUAUAGGAUAUGCUAAUUUAGCAAGACUUGAUCCUCAAUAUGGCUUAUAUACUAGUGUGGUUCCUCCUCUUAUCUAUGCUGUGAUGGGAAGUUCAAGAGAAAUUGCAAUUGGACCAGUAGCAGUUGUGUCACUGCUACUAUCCUCUCUAUGUCAGAAAGUGGUUGAUCCAGUUGCACAUCAUGAUGACUACAGAAAUUUUGUUUUUACUGUAACAUUAUUUGCUGGAAUCUUUCAAGUUGCAUUUGGAGUUUUCAGGUUGGGGUUUCUUGUGGAUUUCCUUUCACAUGCUGCACUUGUAGGAUUCAUGGCAGGUGCAGCUAUCAUAAUUGGUCUUCAACAGCUUAAGGGGUUGCUUGGGAUUAGUAACUUUACCAAAAAAUCUGAUGUUGUUUCUGUUGUGGAAUCUGUUUAUAAGUCACUUCAUCACCAAAUUCCAUCUGGAGAAUGGUACCCUCUGAAUUUUGUCAUUGGAAGUUCAUUCCUGAUUUUCCUUUUGAUUGCAAGAUUUAUGGGCAAAAGAAACAAAAAGCUAUUCUGGUUGCCAGCUAUUGCUCCUCUUGUAUCAGUUAUACUAUCAACUUUUAUUGUGUAUAUAUCAAAAGCUGAUAAAAAUGGGGUUAAUAUAGUAACACAUGUCAAAAGAGGCCUUAAUCCAACCUCAGUUCACCAAUUACAACUCAAUGGUCCACAUGUUGGUCAAGCAGCUAAAAUUGGAUUGAUUUCUGCUGUUAUUGCUCUCACUGAAGCAAUGGCUGUUGGUAGAUCAUUUGCUUCAAUUAAAGGAUACCAUCUUGAUGGGAACAAAGAAAUGUUAGCAAUGGGUUGUAUGAACAUUGCAGGAUCUUUCACUUCAUGUUAUGUUGCAACUGGUUCAUUUUCAAGGACUGCAGUAAAUUUCAGUGCAAGAUGUCAAUCAUCAAUAUCAAAUAUUGUGAUGGCAGUAACAGUGAUUCUGUGCUUGGAGUUGUUUACAAGACUCUUAUAUUAUACACCUAUGGCUAUACUUGCUUCUAUAAUCCUUUCUGCACUUCCAGGAUUAAUUGACAUAAGAGAAGCUUGUUACAUUUGGAAGGUUGACAAAGUUGACUUUCUUGCUUGCAUUGGUGCUUUCUUUGGUGUCUUGUUUGUAUCGGUAGAAACUGGUCUUAUUGUUGCAGUGUCAAUCUCAUUUGGAAAGAUAGUAAUACAAUCAAUUAGACCAGGGAUAGAAGUUCUAGGUAGAAUUCCUAGAACAGAAGCAUUUUGUGAUGUUAGUCAAUAUCCCAUUGCUACAAGCACUCCAGGCAUUUUGGUGAUUCGAAUAAGCUCUGGCUCACUCUGCUUUGCAAAUUCCAAUGUUGUUAGAGAAAGAAUACUCAAGUGGAUCACUCAAGAAGAUGAGCUUAAAGAAACUACUAAGGGAAGAGUCCAAGCAGUAAUAUUGGACAUGACUAAUUUGAUGAAUGUUGAUACUUCUGGAAUUAUAAUACUAGAGGAACUGCACAAGAGGUUGCUCUCGCGUGGCAUAAAAUUUGCAAUGGUGAACCCAAGGUGGCUAGUAAUUCACAAGCUUAAAGUGGCAAACUUUGUGGAUAAAAUUGGGAAAGAAUGGGUUUUCCUUACUGUUGGUGAAGCCAUGGAUGCAUGCCUGUCUUAUAAAUUCGCUGACCCAUGAUUUCAUGGGCUUUAUCUAUAAAUAGAAUUGCAUAAAUAGGUCCAUAAAUUGUGUAUUACAUUUUGGUGACUUCUCUCACUCAAUGUUUUUAAAAAUCUCUAAUAUAUAUUUGGAUUAAUCAAUCUAGAAGUAUAAAAUAUACGUUUGGAUUGACCAACUCAGACAUAUAUUUUAGAAACUUUUGAAAACAUUGGAGAUAAAAAAAGAAGUUGUCUUAUAUUUUUGAGUCAAAAUUGUAUAUUAUAUUGUCUCGCAUAAAAUAUCCCCAUAUUUGUAUUAGAUUGUGUCCUCUCAUUAUGAUCUGUGGGAAUUUCAUGUUAUGUUCUGGAAGUUAUCAUUAUGUUGAAGACAAUCUCCCUGUACUCUAUGGACAAUUUUCUUUGUGCAGGA